AUGACUCACCAGGAGAUCCAGAUGUUUGAAGACCAACUUGCACUUAUACACUGCCUUCCUCAAUUAAAUAACCUACGUGUGACUGGCAAACUCACAGAUUUGACCAUAGAGCUAGAAGACAAUGUGAAGGUGCAUGCACACAGCAUUGUUUUGGCUUCCCGGGUGCCCUCACUGUGUGAUGCUCUGUAUAAAACCCCAACGAAGGACCGAGCUGUGGUGCUGAAGUGGCCCACAGUUUCAUCAGAGUACUAG